AUGGUAUCAUCACGUUCGUCUUCGCCCAAAAAAUCUGAUGAUUUUGGUGUCUCUAGCGUCGCUCAGCCGCGAACUUUCGAGAUGGAGGAUGACAAGACUCCGGAAGCUUUGACAACAUUUACGGAAUUGAAACGCUGUCUUUACGCACUUAAAGACCUCGGAAACUCAAAAUCUCACGACUAUAUCGAGUGUGAUUGCUAUGAGGACCGUGUGGACGGAGAGAACAGAGCCUGUGGGGAGGAUUCCGACUGCAUCAACAGAUUGACUUUGAUUGAGUGCGUAAAUGAACUAUGUGGAUCCUGCGGUUACGAAUGCCAGAAUCAAAGGUUUCAAAGACGACAGUACGCAAAGAUUUCGGUCUUUCGGACGGAGAAAAAGGGCUAUGGAGUGAGAGCUGAUUGUGACAUCGCUGCCAAUCACUUCAUAUACGAGUACACUGGGGAAGUAAUACCGGAAGAUAAGUUCAGAGAACGUAUGGUAGACUAUGAUCAUCAAAAACUGAAACACUUCUAUUUUAUGAUGCUGCAAGCGGGUGAGUUCAUAGAUGCCACCAAGAAGGGCUCUCUCGCCAGGUUUUGCAACCACUCCUGUAACCCCAACGCAUACGUUAAUAAAUGGGAUGUUGCAGGCAAGCUACGAAUGGGAAUCUUUGCACAUCGUAGUAUUGCCAAAGGCGAAGAAAUCACAUUUGAUUAUAAUGUCGAUCGCUACGGCGCUACUGCUCAGCCAUGCUAUUGUGAUGAGCCAAAUUGCAUUGGCUUUCUGGGAGGCAAAACUCAGACCGAUGCUGCCUCUCUCCUUCCACAGAACUAUGCAGAUGCCUUAGGUGUGGUCCCCGCAGUGGAGAAAAAGUGGAUCAAAAUGAUGAAAGCGAAAGGCGAAAAAAUUGUCAAAAGCGAGAUCAAUAAUGUCAACGUUGACUUUGUUCAGUCUUUGGAUUUAACUCCUUGUGAGCGUUUUGAUGAAGUGUCUAAAGUAAUGAGUGUUUUGCUGCAGGCAGAUGACAUCCUCAUCAUAAGGAGGUUAACGGAACGGAUUCUACUCACCACAGACCAAGACCUGCAUUACCAGAUUAUCAAACUGCAUGGAUACAGGUGCUUUAGUAAGCUCCUCACAACUUUUCACGAAGAUGCAGAGUUCCAGCUGGAUAUACUGCAUUAUUUGGAUUGCCUCCCAAAAACAACAAAAAAUGGUAUCUUGGCGUCUCAAAUCGGGAACAAAGUAGAAGAACUAAAGUGCGAACCGCGUCUCUACGAUAUCUGUGAGGCUCUUUUACAAAAAUGGAAUUCUUUCGAAACCUAUAAACGCAUCACGAAGAAAGACGUUUCGGAAAACAUUUCAAUCAUGAAGACAGAUCUGCGAAGAAUCAGGUUGCCUCCAGGCUGGGAGCUGAUCCACGAGAAUGGGAAACCGGUCUAUUACAAUGCGCAGCAGCAGACUAAAUUACAUCAACCACCGAACGGGGCAAGCAAAACUUUCAACGGUGCAAGGAAACCCGGUCGGAAUACUACUCCUGACAUAGCCGCGAACGGCUCUGCCAACAAGAAAAAACGUGUUUUCGAUGCUGAGGAAUACGAAAAGAAGAAGAAGCAGAGGAUGGAGUACCAGCAAAAAGAGAUAGAGAGGCUCAAAAACGAAGAGAUGCGACAGUUGAAACUAAAGAUGGAAUUGGAAGAUCAGAAAAAGACAGAGCUAAGGAAAAUCAUUGCGGAAGUGAACCAACAAAAAGAGCAAGAGAAAAUAGACAAAAUGAAGAGGGAAGAAGAAGAGCAGCAACGGAAACAGAGAAGGUUGCAGCAGACAAAAGGUGAGCAUCUGAUGCACAAGUGGAAUAAACUUUUCGCUUCCGUUGUUCCUAACAUGGUCCGGCACUAUGAAAAGGACUUGGGAAAGGAGCAUAUCAAAGAAUGUGCUCGCGACAUAGCGAAGAUACUUUCCAAUAAGGAAGUGAAAAAAGAUCAAACUAGGCAUCCUCCUGCGGAAUUGAGUAAAGAGAAACGAAUCAAGGUGCGGGAGUUCACAAAAAUUUAUAUGGAGAAGUUUUCGGAGAGGUAUGCGAGGCGGAAGAUGCAGCAAACCUGA